GGGAGUCGCUUGCUCCCGGCGGGUGGCGGCUGGUGCGGCCUGAGGGGGCUCGGGGCGCUGCGGGCGGGAGGCGCAGUCAUGCCCCGGUAUUACGAGGACAAGCCGGAGGGCGGCGCGUGCGCGGGCGUGCGGGAGGACCUGGGCGCCUGUCUGCUGCAGUCGGACUGUGUGCUCAAGGAAGGAAAGUCCCCUCGGCAGUGUCUGAAGGAGGGAAACUGCAAAGCUCUGAAAUACUCAUUUUUUGAAUGUAAACGAUCAAUGUUGGAUGCCAGAUCAAGAUUCAGAGGAAGAAAAGGAUAUUGAUACUAUUAUGUUGAAACCAAGAUGAAAUCAACAAAGGAUUUUUCUCUCCAGUAAAACAGAGAAGCCAAAAUAGGAAACAUACUUUUUGCUACAUCUGUUUGGUUGGACCAGUUUUUCCCUCCCUGGGACACUGGAGAAAAUGUAUGGGUUCUGUUUUUGAAUAUGUAUGAAGUAAAUGAUUCUCUUGCUCUAAGUUAUUUUUAGAAGAAAAUUUUAAUUGAACAGUUAUGAGCUGGGAGCAUAAUAAAUGUUUUGAGAAUUGUUCCAAAGCACAAAGAUCAAACUUGACUCCUCAACCAAAUGACACAGUUUGUACAUCCUUUGUAGAUAUUACUAAGGCCACUGAUGAGACUGUUAAAAUCAAUAACAUGGAGCCUGAGGAGAAAAUGUCUAUUGGGAAAGUUUAGAAUAAAACUUUCUUUUACUCAA